CGAGAUAGCAGUCUAGUUUAGUAUAGUCAUCUGUGGAGCUAGUGCGUGCAUGCCCGUCCCUACUUUCCUAUGUCUGUCCAUGGUCGUGUGCUGUUGACUUUAAUCUCAUCGAUUUGAGCGAGUGGAACUGAGCACUGACCUAUUUACUAUUGAGAGUACUCGGCAUUACUUGAACGCAGUAUUACGGUGGCGAGUUAAUAUAUUGCGUUGAAUUGCAUAUUUGUCGAUGUUUGCCAGCGCAUGCACAUAGAAGAGGAGGAAAAUCAUAAAUUGUAACAUAAAAAUAUGGCUACCAUGGGCGAGCCUCUUACUCUAGCAAGAGAUGUCAAGAGGUCUAUAGAAUUGUUAGAUAAACUGCAAAAAGGAGGAGAGGUUCCCACAACAAAAUUGGCAGCGUUACAAAAAGUAUUACAAAGCGAUUUUCUCAGCGCGGUACGGGAGGUAUACGAGCAUGUAUACGAGACUGUUGAUAUUCAGGGUUCACAGGACGUACGGGCGUCUGCGACAGCGAAAGCGACCGUCGCCGCAUUUGCGGCUAGCGAGGGUCACGCGCAUCCACGCGUGGUCGAAUUACCGAAAACUGAGGAAGGACUUGGCUUCAAUGUAAUGGGGGGUAAAGAACAGAACUCGCCGAUUUAUAUAUCUCGCAUUAUCCCUGGCGGUGUCGCCGACAGACACGGUGGCUUAAAACGUGGGGAUCAACUUUUGUCCGUUAACGGAGUGUGCGUCGAAGGUGAGAAUCACGAAAAGGCGGUUGAAUUAUUGAAGCAGGCACAAAAUUCCGUCAAGUUAGUAGUUCGUUAUACUCCACGUGUGCUCGAAGAAAUGGAAUUACGUUUUGACAAACAGCGGGCUGCCCGUAGACGUCAGCAUAUGCAAUAAAUAUUAUAAGUGCAAAAUAUUUAAUUCACUAAAGACAAAUUUAUCGACUAUGAUUUAUCUAUACAUCUAUACAUUUAAACUAUUUAUGCUCUAUAUAGUUAUAACUUAGCUAGCGUUCAACAUUCUAAUAAUUAUAUUCAUAUUCUCAUUCAUUAAUAAAUGUGACCCACAUACUCUGGUUCUUUAUGCUCAAUUCUUUAUACUACGUUUAUGUGAUUAAUUUUUAAAUACGUAUUCCAAUGUUCGAAUAUUUAAUAGAUUAUAUUGCUAACGCUGCGUGCAAAUUUGAAAAUUUUAUCAUUUGUUAUACGAAUAAUAAGUCACUUGAAAACUAUAAUGUAUGAAUGAACUGAUAAAAAGAAAACCAGUAGAGGUGAUAUAAAAA